UUCGAAUUUUGUCACUUCAGCUAACUGAACAAUUACACAAUUCGAAUCUUCAAUCAGAAAAAGAAUUUGUUAGCCAAGCCCAACAAUUACGCGAAGAGCAGGACGUAGCUACAACAACACAAUUCAAUCAAGGAAUAUCAACAGCCGAAGAAGAAGAAAAUUAUGGUGAAGGACAAGAUGCAGAAUUUUUUAAUCCAAUGAAUUCGUUUAUUAUUAUCGAUCUGCCAUGGCCACGAGCAACCGAAGGACACAAAGGAAAAUGA